AUGACCUCCCUUGCUGUGAUUAGGGCAUCCAACAGCCAGCUGACAGGCGCUACUAUCCCAAGUAUUGCCGUCUUUGUUGGUGCAACCUCAGGAAUUGGCCGGGCGACCUUGACGCAACUCGUCCACAAAGGGUUCCCGAUGAAGGCAUACAUUGUUGGUCGCAAUGAGAGGGAUUUCCAGCCUCUGCUGAGUGAGCUGCGUGCUUCGAACAAGGCUGCCGACUUGAUCUUCCUGGAGGGUCAGAUUUCUCUAAUGGCAGAGACAAAGCGCCUUACGGAUGAGAUUCUUCGCCGUGAGACGCAUAUUGACCUGCUUUUCCUUUCCUCUGGUUUCUUGCCAUUCCUUGGACGCCAAGAAACGUCUGAAGGCUUGGAACUUUCAACCGCCGUGGGGUAUUACAGUCGUCAGAUCUUUAUCCGACGCCUGCUGCCCCUGCUUCGAGCAGCAUCCAAGUCUGACGACUCACAGUCCCCUCCCAGAAUCAUGAACGUUCUCGGAACGGGUGUCGAAACGGCAAAUUUGUACCUCGAUGACCUUGAGCUAAAGCAGCCCGGACAUUUCAGUGUCCAAAGCUACGCCGCCCAUAGCGCGACCAUGACCUCUUUGGUCCUCAAGCGACUCGCCGAGCAGCCUGAGAACAAAAAAGUUGUCUUCAUUCAUCAUCAUCCGGGCCUUGUUUCUACUGAUAUUUUCAAGAAAAGCUGGGGUGAUCAAUGGGACGAGGGUAAAGCAAAAAUGGGUCCUAAUGCUUCCGCAGACAUCUCACGAGCCACCACCGAGGAGGCGGGAGCCCGGUCAAUCUAUGUGAUCACUAGCUCGAAGUAUGGGGGUAAAGGUGUUUCAUUGAGCGAGGGGCAGACACAAGGGACGACGGUUAAAGGGACUGCAGAUGGGUCACUUUUCUGUGUUGGUGACAAGUUGGAAACUCUACGGCUCGAUGGGCUUCUAGAUACACUAGAGCGAAAUGGCGCUUCCGAUGUGGUCUGGAGUAAGACCAACGAGCUGAUCGGAAAAUUUCUCUGA